AUGAGUUUCAUACUUUUCCAGGGAACCAUAACUCCAUUCCACAUCCUGAGACAGCAAGUUCGUUUCUUUGUCCGCGACCCUUUCUCCAACAAGCUCACCCAUUACCUUCGGCGAGCCGACUUGAUCGAUUCCAUUCGACUACAUCUCCGUUCCUCGAGGCCGCCGACCUCGCUCCCCCUCCAGGUACUAAACAACCGGCUGCUGGACCCCUUCGUAGUGACCCACGCCAUCCGUUCUGCACCAAAUGCCGACUCUGCGCUUUCCCUCGUCGAAGUCCUCAAAAACGGCGUCCCUUAUUUCCAGCACAAUCAGUCUACCCUCUACGCGUUAGCCACGGUUCUGGCCAAAUGGGGCAGAACCCACGAACUGAGGUCCCUCGUUGAAGACGACAUGAAGAACAGCGAGAGGUAUCCUCACGUUCGUUUUAGCUUCAUGAACCUCUUGUACUGGUACUCCGCCGCAGGAGAUAUGGAGGCAGUUCUCGCGACGUGGAACGACUACAGAGAGAAAGAAGGUAAGAAGGAUCGUCUUUGCAACGAGGCUUACAACAUUGUGAUGAACAUUCACUCGCGGAGAAGGAAUGAUACCGAGGCAGUGAGUAUGUUUUACAAGCUGAUUGAUGAAGGGGGUAUUCCAAAUUCGAGAACUUAUACUGUCAUGAUGGAGCAUCUCGUCGAGUCUGGGAAAUUGGAUUCGGCAAUGGAGGUGUUCGAUUUGCUGCCAAGGAUGAGGGUCAAGCGGACCUCGAAGCAGUAUUUGGUUUUGGUUAAUGGGUUUGUGAAAAGUAAGAGGUUUGACGAGGUGAAAGCUCUGUUUGAGGCAAUGAAAGCCGAUGGGAAGUACCCUGGCCGUGCAAUGUUGAAGGCUUUGCAGGAGUUAAGAGAGGCUGGAUUUGUGGAAGAAACGACUGAGCUUCGAGAAGAAAUGUUUCCUGAUGAACGAAUCAAAAGCAUCGUUUCUUGUCAGGACAGCUCUGAUGAGGAGGACAAUGAUGAGAAUGAAGAUGAAGUUGUCAAGUUGAAACCAUGGUUAGAUCCAAAAGCUUUAGCAGAUGCUCUCAGUCAAUGGAGCUCUGAAGUUGUAUCAACAUUGGAAGAUGCAAAAUUCGUCUGGACUACUCGUUUGGUGUGUAAGAUUCUCAGAAACAUAAAAUCUCCAGUAACUGCUUGGGAUUUCUUCUGUUGGGUUGCUUAUCAGCCAGGAUUCACUCACGAUGUUUACACAGUACAGCGAAUGAUAACAUUAUUAUCCCGACAUGGCAAGGUUGAGCUGGUUGAUCAGCUCAUAGAAAAGAUAAGAAAUGAAGGGAUGGAAUUGCCGUUUAGUACCGUCAGGUUGAUAAUAGAGUUCUAUGGUGUUUCAAAGUAUCCGGAUGCUGCUUUAAAGAUCUUCCGUGAGGAUAGAUCACUUUGUGGUCACAUAAACGAAUUCAACUUGAUGAUUCUGUAUUCAACCCUCUUGCGAACGCUGACCAAGUGCAAGAGAGAUUCUGAUGCUUUAGAUGUGCUUGAAGAGAUGCUGAGUUGUGGGAUAUGCCCUGAUACUCAAACAUUUUCUGGGUUGAUCUACCAUUUCGGGGUACAAGGAGAUGUCACGACGGUGCAGAAACUGUUUAUGAUGGCGAGGCAGAAUGGUGUUGCUGUAGAUGGUUACAUGUUCAAAGUACUGAUUCAAGCGUAUUGCAAAUGUGACAGGGCUGCUCUUGGUUUCAGAGUUUUUGAAGACAUGAGAAACUCAAAUCUGAUGCCAGAUUUGGGUACUAAGGUUUUACUGGCGAAGAGUCUCUGGAAGGAAGGGAAAAGAAAAGAGGCAGCUAGUGUUGUGGAAUGCUGUGAAGAAAUUAGUCAAGUCCUCCCACUUGUGUUGAGAGGCCAUUUAUGGACAGUGAGCGCUGCUGAUCUCACUAGAGUUUAUGAUAUCUAUUCAAAUAGUUUUGAAUAA